CAAAAGUCAAAAGUGAAAAAGCUCAAAUCCACGACUCUCCAGCAAAUGCAAACACCAAAGAGAGUUGUUUUCUUAACCUGCCGUCUUUGACUUUGAGCAAAGCCUUGUAGAUAGACUUCUCUAAGUACAACCCCGUGUAUUUGCUUUGUGCACCAUUGCUUAUGCACUCGAUCUUGACUGCUUAUUAUAUGGGGCUACGAGUACUUGCCCCAAAGCAUUUGUGAACGACGACCACAUGAUAUCUGAAACCGGCUGGUUCUGAAACGUGUGGAGGAAAGUUUCCUCCACAGUCACUGAGGAAACCAUAUCGCAGUGUAGAUUGAGUGUGUCAGUGUCUCAGGCGAUCGAGAACCAUGAGUAUGUUUGGGGAUCGGGCCGUUGAGCUCCUUAAGGAGCUUCAGCGAUGUGAGAAUAGAGACCUUCCACCUUAUAAUGAUGAUGAAGUGAGGCAAAUUCUAGAAGAGGUGCGUGCACUCUAUGACCAGAACUGUGUGGAAGCAGCCGAGGCUGGCCAGAAGGAGGAAGGCCAGCUGUUAUUGGCCGGCAUUUACGCUCGUCACGCGGCCAUUGAACGAAACAAACGCUGCCUUCUUGCUUACAUCUACAACCGGAUGCAACGAUUACGAUUGGUGCGUUGGAACCAGGGCAGCAUCAUUCCAGCUGAGCUUCGUGAAGCACUAAACGAUGGAGAGAUUGACUGGUUUGGAAAGUACAGCAGAUCGCUAGCUACAUACAUGCAGUCAGUGGGGGACACAGGCGUUGACCUUACACAGCACCUGAAGCCACCCAAAAAUCUUUUCAUUGAGGUGAGAUGUGUCCAAGACUACGGUGAGAUGGAGACGGAGGAUGGCCACUCUGUGCAACUAGCAAAAAAUAGCCAGCAUUAUCUGCGCCGAACUGAUUGUGAGCAACUUAUUCACCAGGGUGUGUUGGAGCAAAUCUCAUGAAGCGUGUUACGGCAACACCAGAAGACAGAAGUAUUCAUCUUUGAACAUUCGCCAUUUCGUGCAGAGAAUGUUCCCAUGCAGCUCAUCCCUGAUUGAAACUACGGCGGUGCGUGUGCUGCUGCCAUGUCUACGGUUAUUCUGUGCCCCCGGCUUUCUGGAAUAAAUUUCUUCGAAGCAUGUCACUGCCAUGCCUGCUACGACAAGAAAGCGUGGAUCAGUCAUUCCGUUGUGCAAUGGAUCCCAUGCUAUCCUUGUCAACUUGCCCUGGGCUACACACACUUUGCACAUUCUUCAGAAGUAGAGGAAGAUACCAUAGGCACAGACUGAUAGUCCAGUGUAAUUCAGCUUGCAGGAAGGUCACGAUCAAGCUGUCUUUUGUUUUGUUUGUUUUGCUGUUGUUUGUUUUCAACCUCCUAACUAGUGAUGCUGGUCAUCACUGCUAUUUUAUACUCUCUACUGCCGUCUUAUUCUGGAUUCUAGAUAUGAAUAUUCAUCAUCUCUUUUUCUGUUUUUAAACUGUUGACGGGUCAUGCUGAUAUUAUAGCUGUGUCUUUUUCUUUCUGUUCUGAAUGAUGAAGAUAUCCUGUAUCUCA